CGACAUAACCAGAGUGACACCUUGAAAGUAGAGCUGCUUUUCUGUGGUCAUAAAUGAGAGAGAAACAUGUUUACUUCAGGAUAAAGCCAACAUGUGGCCUAACAGCAGCUCCAGUUCCUUCCUACUGACUGGCUUUCCAGGCUUGGAGACAUCUCACCACUGGAUUUCCACACCCUUAUUUUUUGUCUACAUCUCUGUCUUUUUUGGCAAUGGUACCCUCCUCCUUCUCAUCAAGGAAGAUCACAAUCUUCAUGAGCCCAUGUACUACUUCCUGGCCAUGCUGGCAGCCACAGACUUAGGGGUGACCUUGACUACAAUGCCCACGGUGCUGGGAGUCCUCUGGUUGGAUCACAGGGAGAUAGGAAAUGGAGCCUGCUUUUCCCAAGCCUACUUUAUACACUCACUUUCGUUUGUAGAGUCCGGUGUUCUGCUUGCCAUGGCCUAUGACCGUUUUGUUGCCAUCCGCAAUCCCCUUAGAUAUACCUCCAUCCUCACCAAUACUAGAGUGGUGAAGAUUUGCCUGGGAGUUCUGUUAAGGGGAUUUGUAUCUGUCAUUCCCCCUAUCAUGCCCCUCUAUUUUUUCCCCUAUUGCCACUCCCACAUCCUUUCCCAUGCAUUCUGCCUUCACCAGGAUAUCAUCAAACUGGCCUGUGUGGAUGUUACCUUCAAUCGUCUGUAUCCAGUUGUACUUGUGGUCCUCAUACUUGUGCUGGAUUCUCUGACUAUCCUCCUCUCCUAUGUAUUGAUACUUAAGACUGUCCUGAGCAUUGCCUCCAAAGAGAGAUCCAAGGCCCUUAAUACCUGUGUCUCUCAUAUCUGCUGUGUCCUGGUUUUCUAUGUCACAGUGAUUGGAUUGUCCCUGAUUCAUCGGUUUGGGAAGUCGGUUCCACAUGUUGUCCAUCUCAUUAUGAGCUAUGUGUAUUUUCUUUUCCCUCCCUUAAUGAACCCUAUAAUCUACAGUGUUAAGACCAAGCAGAUCCAGCGUGGCAUUCUCCGCUUUUUUACUACCCAUAGAGUUGGAGCUUGAUAUCUAGUCAUUCUGGUUUCUCACAGGCUCCUUUGCCAAAAAUCAGAGCUCUCCCAUUGUGUGAA